CUGUAGAUUGAUGGGAGACCACGAAUGAAAAUAGGUAAUGGUGAUGUUUGAAAUAUAAUCCAAAGUGAAGAAAGAACGUGGUGACGUGUGUUGCAGUAGCUUUGCUUUAGAAUUUUAUCUUGAGCGCUGGUCCUUGAACGUGCCAUAGCCUCGUCGAAACCCAGCAGAAGCAGCGAAUUGCGAUCCAGUUAGUUAGCCGCUCCGUCCAGACAACAUGCCUGUGGAUGUGAACCAGUGGAGCGGCCCGCUGCAGCUCCACGAGGUGGAGGAGAAGCCCGGCCGGCCUCUGACGGUCAAGUACGGCUCCGUGGAGAUCGACGAGCUGGGCAAGGUGCUCACGCCCACGCAGGUCCAGAACCGGCCUACGAGCAUCGAGUGGGAGGGAUGCGACCUCAACAAACUUUACACUUUAGUCCUAACCGACCCGGACGCCCCCAGCAGGGAAAAACCCAAAUUCAGGGAGUGGCAUCACUACCUAGUGGUCAACACGAAAGGAAACGACCUGUCCUCCGGUGUUGUCUUGUCCGACUACGUUGGUUCCGGCCCUCCUGAGGGAACAGGUCUCCACCGCUACGUGUGGCUGGUGUACAGCCAGCCGGGGGCGCUGUCGUGCACCGAGCGCAUCCUCACGAACCGCUCGGGCGACGGGCGCGGCAAGUUCAGCGUGGGCGCUUUCCGCCGCAAAUACGGACUGGACGCGCCCGUGGCCGCCACCUGCUACCAGGCCGAGUGGGACGACUACGUGCCCAAACUCUACCAGCAACUGGCGGGAAAGUAGGCCUCCUCCGCACUCAAGCCAACAAUAACGAAUCGUGCGCCACCUAAUGCACAUAAACGGGUUGACUCAAUAAAGCUGCUUUGCAAUCAA